UGAGGAGUCACACACAGAGUCAGAAGAAACAACUCGGUGUAUCACGUGCAAGCAGUCGGCUGGGUUCUUCUAUCACGUGACGGAGUGGCUCCCAAACAAAAGCUCGCAACCCAAAGAAGCCCAAAAGAAUCCGAACCCUAUUUCUAGAGAGAGAAACAAACCCAACCCAAAAAAAAAAAAACAAGAACUAGAGAGAGAAACAAGCAAACAAGAAGAAGAAGAAGACGACGACGAUGGGGACGAAGCCAUCGGAGAAGAAGCGCAAGAAGAAGGGUCGUCCUUCCCUCAUCGAUCUCCAGAAGCGCAGCCUCCGACUCCAGCAAGAGCAGCAAUCACCAAACCCUAACCCUAAUUCCAACCCUAAAUUCGCUUCCCCGCCGCCCCACCGCCGGAUCACCCGCCGGAACCCUAAUCCGGAACCGGAACAUGAUCGGCCGGAGGAGGAAGAUGAGGAUGAUGAGGAUGGUGCCUCUGGUGGGAAGAGAAGGGAGAAAAAGCUUAAGUUUGUGCUUAAGCUCCCGAGGAAUGCGUCGGAUUCCGCCUGCUCUGGAUCCGAUGUCGAUGGCGAGCAAGCGCGUGGGGAAUCGAAUGUUAAGACAAGCGCUGGGAAUGGGACGGAUGGGCUUCGAGGUUUGGCUUCUGUUGCAUUAAUUUCAAGAAAGGGGAAUCCACCAGUUUCUGGGCCCACGACCCCUUUGCCGGAUAAAAAGUUGAUAGUUUUCAUUCUUGAUAGACUUCAGAAGAAGGACACUUAUGGUGUGUUCUCAGAGCCUGUGGAUCCUGAAGAGCUGCCGGACUACCAUGAAAUCAUUGCACACCCGAUGGAUUUUUCCACCGUGCGUGAGAGGCUGUCUAGUGGAGCUUAUCAAAACUUGGAGCAAUUUGAGAGUGAUGUUUUCUUGAUAAGCUCAAAUGCUAUGACUUACAAUGCACCGGACACUAUUUACUACCGGCAGGCCCGAACCAUUCAGGAUCUUGCAAAGAAGAGUUUUGAAAAUUUAAGACAGGAAAGUGAUAAUGAACAAGAGCCAAAGAUAGUAAGGAGAGGUAGGCCACCUAGCAAGAAUACAGCUAAAAGGACAGUUGGUAAGCCUCCUGAUCGUGCUGGUUCUGAUUUCUCUGGCAAUGCAACGCUUGCGGGUGCUAGUGAUAACGGCCACUGGUCUAACUUUGCACAAGAUUUGGCAAGGAAAGCUUCAACUGUAGAUAAGCAUAGUCCAGCUGACAUUUAUGUGAAAGGUCCCUAUGGUCUUCGUAAGACUGAAACUUCUAAUUGGGUUGGGGAUAAUAGAUCCGAAAGAGACCAAGAGAAUCCAGGUUUGAUACUUAAAGGAGUUCCAACAAAAUUUGGGAAAAAGCCUAUUGUUAUUGAUGAUAAUCGUCGCAAUACCUACAAGCAAUCUCAGUUAUCUGCUAGUGUUCAAGAGCUGCCAACAUUAACAUCCUUUGAUGGAGAGAAUCAGCAGCUUUUGCCUAUUGGGGUUCACAUGGAGCAUGCUUAUGCGAGAAGCUUGGCUCGGUUUGCUGCUAAGCUCAGUCCUGUUGCUUGGACCAUUGCUGCUGAAAAGAUUAAGAGUGUCCUGCCUCCUGGAACAAAGUUUGGUCGUGGAUGGGUUGGAGAUUGUGAAGCACCUCAGCAGUCCCAUACAGCUGUGCCAUUCACAUCUCCAAAUCCUUCCCAAGACAAACUCAUACCUUCAUCUGGAGUACCAAAUAAUGUUGAACUAUCGGGGGAGCAAGAAUUACCUCAUAAGAACUCCCACACUGAGGAUACCCUUACCCAGAGAGAUCCUCCUCGCAUGCCUGCAUUGGCUGCCAUGAGCAGGUCAGAAAGUGAACUUGAGUCUGUCAAGGAUCCAAACACUGAAAGCCGAUUUAACCCGCAGAAUAGUAAAAGUGAUGUUGCGAGUAAUGGUCCUGCUAUGCAACACAAGACUCCUCUAUUCCAGUUUCAUCAGAACCCAUUAAUCAAAACAGAAGCGAAUGGUUUUAAUUCCACAUUUGGUGUUCAUCUGACACAAGAUGGGAAGAUUACUGGGCCAAUCAGUCUGCCAAAAAUCAUGAAUUUGGAGCGACCGAUGACACAUGCUCAUGUGUUGGACAUGGUUUCCGCAGGCAAUAACAACUUCAUCCAUCAAGCACCCAGGAGUCACUCAGACAUCGAAAGAGUGACAUCGGUCAGUAAUCAAAGUAUAGUAAAUUCUAGCAACCCUGUACCUGAUUCUUCCCGUCAUUCUCCAGCUCCAUGGCGGAGUAUGCCCUUGAAUUCAAGGCAGCAGUCCGUUCCGCCUGAUCUGAACAUCAGGUUUCAGUCCCCAGGAUCUCCAGUUUCGGGCGUAAUGGUUGAUUCACAGCAGCCUGAUUUAGCAUUGCAGCUGUGAGAGGAAUAAAUUCAAUUGUCAUUUAAUUUAUUGGAUUAGGAUAGAACUUGCAUAACCACAAAUGCUGAAAAUUUCCUAAUUAAUUCCAAAGUGGUUGAGGCGAAUAAGCACUGGAUCUGGGUAGGAUAUUUCCAAAGAAUGCAGGAUGAUUGGAUGAUGAUGAUUAACAAUAGUUAAAUGUGUUGUUGGUUUACAUAAUUAGUUCAACACCAACCUUCAUAUGAUGUUGUAUUGGUUCAGAUCUUUAUGUACAGAUUAAUUGGUGUAUGGAAAUCAAUGUUUAGAUGAAGCAGCUAUUUUUUUUAGUUA